AUGGAAUCUGGGAGAAGGGGAUGGAAUCAGGGAGAAGGGGAUGGAAUCGGGGAGAAGGGGUUGGAAUCAGGGAGAAGGGGAUGGAAUUUGGGAGAAGGGGAUGGAAUCUGGAGAAGGGGAUGGAAUCUUGGAGAAGGGGAUGGAAUUUGGGAGAAGGAGAUGGAAUCUGGGAGAAGGGAAUGGAAUCUGGGAGAAGGGGAUGGAAUCUGGGAGAAGGGGAUGGAAUCUGGGAGAAGGGGAUGGAAUCUGGGAGAAGGGGAUAGAAUAUGGGAGAAGGGGAUGGAAUCAGGGAGAAGGGGAAGGAAUCUGGGAGAAGGGGAUGGAAUCUGGGAGAAGGGGAUGGAAUCUGGGAGAAGGGGAUGGAAUCUAGGAGAAGGGGAUGGAAUCUGGGAGAAGGGGAUGGAAUCUAGGAGAAGGGGAUGGAAUCGGGGAGAAGGGGGAGAAGGGGAAGGAAUCUGGGAGAAGGGGAUGGAAUCUGGGAGAAGGGGAUGGAAUCUGGGAGAAGGGGAUGGAAUCAAGGAGAAGGGGAAGGAAUCUGGGAGAAGGAGAUGGAAUCUGGGAGAAGGGAAUGGAAUCUGGGAGAAGGGGAUGGAAUCUGGGAGAAGGGGAUGGAAUUUGGGAGAAGGGGAUAGAAUAUGGGAGAAGGGGAUGGAAUCUGGGAGAAGGGGAAGGAAUCUGGGAGAAAGGGAUGGAAUCUGGGAGAAGGGGAUGGAAUCUGGAAGAAGGGGAUGGAAUCUGGGAGAAGGGGAUGGAAUCUGGGAGAAGGGGAUGGAAUCAGGGAGAAGGGGAUGGAAUCUGGGAGAAGGGGAUAAAAUCUACGAGACGUGGAUGGAAUCUGGGAGAAGGGGAUGGAAUCGGGGAGAAGGGGAUGGAAUCUGGGAGAAGGGGAUGGUAUCUGGGAGAAGGGGAUGGAAUCUAGGAGAAAGGGAUGGAAUCUGGGAGAAGGGGAUGGAAUCUGGGAGAAGGGGAUGGAAUCUGGGAGAAGGGGAUGGAAUCUGGGAGAAGGGGAUGGAAUCUGGGAGAAGGGGAUGGAAUCUGGGAGAAGGGGAUGGAAUCUAG